CCCCCACCACUGUAAACCACAAAUUCACUUCAAUUCCAAUGCUUCAAUUCGAUGUCAUUUGGCGACACACCCCAUAAUUAUAAAAUAAACUGUGGAAAAAAGUAGUAGAAGUUUCCAUUUUUGAAUCGCUAUUUUCAUGUGAACUUGAAAAAAAACAAAGUUUAAAUCUUUAAUCUUCAUCGUCUUCAUGCAGUAACCGUCACUGUUUUUUCACUUAAAAACAAAACCACCCCCACAAAAGCAAAAAAGCCAUGAUUUUUCGAGUGGUGUUCUUGUUUUUGGAUUGAAAAUGAGAAACCCAGAUUUGAAAGCUUUGAUUUGUUUCCUUUUUUGGGUUGUUUGUGUUUUCACUUUCGUGGUUUCUUUCAAUGGAGAUUCGCAAAUACUGAUUCGCGUCAAGGAUUCUCAGCUUGAUGAUCCGAAUGGACGGUUACGCGAUUGGGUUAUUUUGACGCCUGAUCAAAGUCCGUGUAAUUGGACCGGUGUUAGGUGUGAAUCUCGUAACCGUACUGUUGCUUCGAUUGAUCUUUCUGGGUUUGGAAUCUCUGGUGGGUUUCCGUUUGAGUUUUGUCGGAUUCGGACCCUUCGAACUCUUUAUCUCGCCGAUAAUAACCUCAACGGUUCACUGUCUUCUCAGGCUAUUUCUCCGUGUUUUCGUCUACGGGAGAUUGAUCUUUCGGGUAACAUAUUCGUCGGCGAGUUACCGGAUUUCUUGUCGGAGCAUUUGGAAGUUCUUGAGCUUUCUAACAAUAAUUUCACCGGCGAUAUUCCAGUGAGUUUCGGACGGAUGAAAUCUCUCAAAGUUCUUUCACUUGGUGGGAACCUACUCAACGGAAAGGUACCUUCUUUUCUGGGUAAUCUUACUGAGUUAACUGACUUCGCACUCGGGUACAAUCCUUUCAAACCGAGUCCAUUGCCGGACGAGAUCGGAAACUUGUCGAAGCUCGAAUAUUUAUGGUUGACGAACGCGAAUCUCGUCGGCGAAAUUCCGUUUUCAAUUGGGAAUCUCAUUUCGUUAAAGAGUCUGGAUUUAACAUGUAAUUUCCUGAUUGGUAAAAUCCCAGAAAGCUUAUCGAAGUUAAAGAAACUGGAGCAAAUCGAGCUUUAUCAAAACCAGUUAACCGGUGAGUUACCUGAGAGUUUAGCUGAGUUGACAAGUCUACUUCGACUCGAUGUCUCACAGAACAGCCUCACCGGAAAAUUACCGGAGAAAAUCGCUGCAAUGCCUCUCGAGUCUUUGAAUCUCAAUGACAACUUUUUCACCGGUGAAAUCCCUGAAGUUUUAGCUUCGAAUCAAUAUCUCUCACAGCUAAAGCUCUUCAACAACAGCUUCACCGGAAAGUUACCGUCCGACCUCGGUAAGUUUUCUCCUUUAGAAGACUUCGAUGUUUCGACUAACAAUUUCUCCGGCGAGUUACCGCCGUUUCUUUGUCACAAAAGGAAGCUUCAGCGCGUAGUCAUUUUUACGAAUCGGUUCUCGGGGAGCAUACCGGAAUCCUACGGCGAAUGUGAGUCCUUGAAUUAUAUUCGAAUGGGUGAUAACGCAUUUUCCGGUAACGUGCCGGAAAAAUUCUGGGGUCUGCCUUUAAUGCAGCUUUUUGAAUUACAAAACAAUCAUUUCGAGGGUUCAAUUUCUCCUUCAAUCUCAGCACUUCAAAAGCUGACAAUUCUUCGAAUUUCCGGUAAUAAUUUCUCUGGCGUCAUUCCAGAAGGUAUGUGUAAAUUACAUAAUUUGACACAAAUUAAUCUUAGCCAAAAUCGAUUUUCCGGUGGACUGCCGUUAUGUAUCACUGAUUUGAAGUUACAAACGCUUGAGUUAGAAGAUAAUGAGUUAACAGGGAAUCUACCAGGUUCAGUGGGUUCAUGGACUGAGUUGACUGAGUUGAACCUUGCCAGAAAUCGAUUCACCGGCGAAAUCCCACCCACCCUCGGUAACCUACCGGCAUUAAUUUACCUCGAUUUGUCCGGUAAUUUACUGAUCGGUAAAAUUCCAGAAGAUUUAACGAAGCUGAGGUUGAACCGGUUUAACCUUUCGGGUAAUUUGUUGAACGGUAAAGUACCAUCGGGUUUCAAUAAUGAGUUCUUCAUUUCGGGUCUAUUAGGUAAUCCUGAUCUUUGUAGCCCGAAUUUGAACCCGCUUCCUCCAUGCCCAAGAAUCAAACCUGGUACCUUCUACGUUGUGGGUAUUUUAACAGUCUGUCUUAUACUACUUAUCGGGUCGGUCAUUUGGUUUUUCAGAACGCGAUCCAAAUUUGGUAGCAAAACCCGACGGCCGUACAAAGUCACCUUGUUUCAACGGGUUGAGUUCAACGAAGAUGAAAUAUUCCCGUUCAUGAAAGACGAUUGUAUCAUUGGAACAGGCGGGUCGGGUCGGGUUUAUAAGGUGAAACUCAAAACAGGUCAAACCGUGGCGGUUAAGAGGCUAUGGGGUGUUAAACGUGAGGCAGAAGAGGUUUUCAGGUCUGAAACCGAGACGUUAGGUCGGAUCCGACACGGCAACAUCGUGAAACUAUUGAUGUGUUGUAGUGGGGAUGAGUUCAGGGUUUUAGUUUACGAGUACAUGGAAAACGGUAGCUUAGGCGAUGUGUUACAUGGCGACAAGUGGGGUGGUUUAGCAGAUUGGCCGAAGCGGUUCGCGAUUGCGGUCGGCGCCGCUCAGGGGCUGGCUUAUUUGCACCAUGAUUGUCUGCCUCCUAUAGUUCACCGUGAUGUGAAGAGUAACAACAUAUUGCUAGAUGAGGAGAUGCGGCCACGAGUGGCGGAUUUUGGGUUGGCUAAAACGUUGCAAAUUGAAGCCGGGGAUGACGGUUCUAACGGCGGAGCCAUGUCUCGCAUUGCCGGAACCCAUGGAUAUAUUGCCCCAGAAUAUGGUUACACACUAAAGGUGACGGAAAAGAGUGACGUAUAUAGUUUCGGAGUUGUCUUGCUAGAACUAAUCACCGGCAAACGUCCUAACGACUCUUCAUUCGGCGAGAACGAGGAUUUAGUGAAGUGGGUCACCGAGGUUGUUCUAUCAUCACUGCCACCAUCGGCAUCUGCCCAAGGCGGGAACGACGGCGGAGGGUAUUUUGGCAAAAAAGUAGCUGAGAUUGUUGAUCCAAGGAUGAUGCCAUCAACAUAUGAAAUGAAGGAAAUUGAAAGGGUUUUGAAUGUGGCACUUAAGUGUACAUCAGCAUUUCCUAUUAAUAGACCUUCAAUGAGAAAGGUUGUUGAAUUGCUUAAGGACCAAAGGUGUGUCCAAUUAGUAGGUCAAUGAUGUUUUGGACCUACAUUUUAGUGGUACAAUUUUCCCCUUGGCUAUAUGUAGUUUACUAUAUUGGGGGGUUUAGCUUUUUUCUUUUUUCUUUUUUGGAUAAUUUGGUUUUAUGUAUAUUCCUAAUUUAGGAGAAAUACAAAAAUGGGUUGCUUUUCUUUAUAAAUAUAA